UUAGCAAAUAUCUCUCAUAAUGAGUUCAAUUUUGAGUUCCGCAGUGCAUUGUUAUGAUGAACGUAGAAUGGCGGACGUUGUCAUUGUGGGAUGGUUGUUCACAUUUUUAUUGAUAAAUACUUGCCAUGGAGGAGUCCCUGGCGUGGUGGACCCGGAUGACGACUCCACGAGGAGCUUCGGAUCCAUGCAGCUUCUUGAGGACCCGAAGUCGACUGUUCACAUUUACAGAUAUAAAUGCCAUCAAUGUGAGUCGCCGUACUGCGACACACCCCAAGAAUGCUCCGACGCGCUGUUCUGCUUCAAGUCGUCGGUGCGGGACUCCGACGGGGCGCUGCGGCACUCGCGGGGCUGCAGCGCGGGCCACGACCACGCGCAGUUCACCUGCCACCACAGGCCUGAUCAGAGCGUUCGCAAACGCCACGCGGGCCAGCUCAACGUGACGUGCUGCGCGGGCGACCUCUGCAACACCGGAGACUUCCCACUCCUCGCUCCUCAGGACACCGCUGUGGAACCUCUGCCUGAUAAUUCGUGGAAGCUCUGGGCCGGGGUGCUGGCGGCUGUGUUGACAGUCACGGCGGCCAUUGUCGCUGUAGUGUUAUUGAGAAGGAGUCAUAGACUGCGCGUGUCUCGCGCGGCGCUGCACAAGCUGGGCCCGGACUCCAACUACUUCUCCACUAAUGUGUACAGCCCACAAGUCACCAGCGCUUAUUAUGAAGGUGUAGACGGGUCCCAGAAUGGAGUCCGAGCGACGCUGGCGGGUGACUCCACACUGCGGGAGUACCUCCAAGGCUCCAUGAGUUCAGGCUCGGGCUCCGGCCUGCCGCUGAUGGUCCAACGGACUCUCAGCAAGCAGGUGUCGCUACUGGAAUGUGUUGGAAUGGGCCGCUACGGUAAAGUGUGGCGCGGCCUGUGGUACGCCGACAGCGUGGCCGUCAAGAUAUUCUUCUCGAGGGACGAGGCCUCGUGGCAGAGGGAGACGGAGAUAUACAGCACCGUGCUGCUCAGACACACUAAUAUACUGGCGUAUAUAGGGAGCGAUAUGACCAGCAGAAAUAGUUGUACACAGUUAUGGCUGAUAACACACUACCACCCUCUGGGCUCGCUGUACGAGCACCUACAGAGGACGACGUUGACAAGGCACCAGAUGAUGCUGAUAUGUCUGUCCACUGUCAACGGACUGUUGCAUUUACACACAGACAUACACGGGACACAGGGCAAACCGGCCAUUGCCCACCGGGACAUCAAAUCCAAGAACAUCCUGGUGAAAGUGAACGGCGAGUGUUGCAUCGCGGACUUCGGCCUCGCCGUCACCGCCGCGCACGUGGCGCGGCAGGAGCCCGGCGCGCGCCCGGGCACCGCGCGGUACAUGGCGCCCGAGACCCUGGACCAGAGCAUGAACCUCCAAUGCUUCGAGUCGUACCGCAAAUGCGACAUAUACGCGCUCGCCCUCGUUCUAUGGGAAGUAUGUCGCCGAGUCAGCCCCGCGCGAGAGGCCAGAGUACCGUUCUAUGAGCAUGCUCCGAGUGAUCCAUCGGUGGAACUCAUGAGGAAGAUCGUCUGUGUGGACGGGGCAAGGCCGGAGCUCCCUGACAGCUUUACACACCCGACGAUGGCGGGCAUGGCACGACUUAUGCGUGAAUGUUGGCACGCCAACGCCUCCGUGCGUCUACCGGCGCUACGCAUCAAGAAAACUCUUCUCAAACUGGCUGCCAACGACAACUCCAUACAUCUGGACGAGGACAGCGAGGUGUUCGUGUGAAGCGAGGCAGGUAGACCUUAUGAUAAUAAUAGUAAAGUUACUUU